AUGGAAGUAGAUGGUGAUAGUUGGAAUACCAACCCAGACGGGACUAAGUUCGCUCAUUUAAAAGCUUUCGUGAAUGCUGCGAGGGAAUUCGAGGCAACGCACAGUGAAUCUGCUAUCAAUUUAUUGACUAGAUACUUGGGACUUAUAGCAUCAUCAUGUGACCUUUCAAUAUUUUCACCUGGCCGCUCCGAGGUAUGUGCAUUCUUCAGUUCACUAUGGCGAGUGAUGUCAGAUAGUAGAGGACCACACUGGGCAGGCGUGGCUGUACUUGUGAGGGCAUGUAUAGAACCAAGCGCAAGACAUGCACUUACUCACACAUAUAAAUUUAUGCCACUAUUGGCUCGUCUCUUAUCUGAUACUGUAUCAAAUGAGAAGAAAAUUAAAUUACUUUCUGUAAUGCAGGACAUUUCAUAUGGAAUAAAAAUAAGUUGGCAAGAAUCAUACUUAGCUGAGCUUAUGAAAACUCUUACAAACUGGAUAGUUCAACCAAUGUUGGAGCCCCAACAAAGGACUAUAGGACACAAAUCUCUGACAGUGUUGAUAAAUGUAUGCUAUGGGAACCUACCAGCGAUAUAUGCUUUGAUGAGGACAGUGGAUACAAAGGAAUUUGUGGUCCAUUUAAUAAGUUUAAAGGAAGGUGGGUAUGGUGGUGUUGAAGUUUGCAGACUCUUGCUAUGCUUAUCAAGUGCAACCCGUGGUGGUUCCAACACCAGGCAACCAGAUGUUCACAGUUAUCUUUGCUGUACUAUGAGAACAUUCAAUAAGGCAGUUGUAGAACGCGACGAAACGCAGUUACUCCAUGCAUACACGUUCAUCAACGAUCUCUGUACGGACGAGAAUCUUCGUAAUUACGUACUCACGUAUCCACACUUUAGUAAUUCACUUAAGGAUGCCAUAAAGGAUGUAGAUGCUCUAUGUGCAGUGGCGCCUGGCGACAUAUGUGAACCGGAGAGUACAGCUGGAUGUCUUCGAAAUGUCCUAAAGUUUCUUACUGUUUUAGUCAAUUUAGAUUUAUACUCGAUGCGGUGCCAUCACAACGAACUGGUGUGUCUAUGCAUGAAGGCGACCCGUAUCUGUCUGCCGGAGACUUUGAAUUUGUUUGCAGCUAUCGUGACACAAUAUACAGAGGAGGGUAGAUUACCACAAGAACUGAUAUCCGUAAUAAGCGAUGGACUACCCGCAUUACUUGUUCCGCCUUCUUUGGAACCAGGCAAAGCUGGUUUACAAUGGUUACAAGUUGUAGGGGCGCUGUGUGAGUCAACUGAAACACAGGAACGGGUCUUGCAAGAAGUCACACCCGACUCAUUUGAGGACACUCUGUAUGGGGUUCUACAAUAUACAUCACAGAACGGACCCGUUGGCAGCGAAGCGUCGCAGCAAGCAGUCAUAGUGUCGUGUAGGACUGGCUUGAGCCUAGCGCCCCUCGAUAGGAACUGGGAAGCUGCUCUGAAUAGAAUGUUGGCACAUCAUCAGGUGCGAAAAUUGUUAUGUACGGGUCUUUCCAGCAGCAACCCGUCCCGCAGACGACAAAUACUACAGCUUAUAAAACAUCACUACUUUCCAUCAGAUCAAAUGAAUCAGGUGUUCGGUGAAAAUAUAAGCGGCGCUAACGACGUAAGUGUCGAGAGUCUCUCGCCACGCGUAGACAUCGAAGCCGAGACCAUAACACUGACGCCAUCCCAGCAGACAGCUGUCGAUGAGCUUGUAAAUAAGUUGAACGUCGCAAUGGACUCUGGAAAGAUAUCGGAUAUAGCGACAUCUAGUGUCAUGGAGCUGUAUGGGUAUAAGAUAACAUGCCUCGAACAGCGGUUGCAUUCGCAUUCUGUUGCCUUACAGGGUGCCACAGACCACAUGGCGUCACUUCAACAUGCGCUUGCGUUGCUUCAAGCGACGAAUAGUUCGCAACAGGACGUUUUGUACACGACACAAAUGCAGGCAGAAAGGCAUAAAAAGACGAUAGAAGAACUUCAUAAACAGUUGGAAGAUGCAGAGACCACAUUAAGGGGUUUUAGAGCCAAGUUAGCAGCGGAGAGGCUUGACAAGGAACACCAGAAGGAACACUUGCAACAGGAAUUCAAACAACAGCUUGCCAAUUACGAGAGUGACAUGAAAGUGCGAGAACGCGAGGCUGAGGAGAGGAUUAAGCGGGCAGAGAACGAAUAUAAGGCACUACAGAAGAAAUUAGAUCAGCAGAUGAAUAAAAACAGUGAAUUGGCCGGUGUCUUGAUAAAGUUCGAGGAAAGGGUAAAACAACGUGAUAAGAAGUUGGAAGAGGCGGCCUCCGCUGAAGCCGCCUUACGAAGAGAGAUAGAGCAGCGGGAUAACAUGAUAAAGCAACUAGAGAAGACUGUGGUAGAGCGAGAGAAUAGAUUGUACCAAGUGACUACGCAGCUGGAGGAGAUGAAGCGUGUGCAAGAGAUGGUCGCCAAGCUUAUGACGAAGAGCACAUCCAACGUUUCCACGUAA